AUGAUGACAAAGAUUAACAGAUUAUUUAUCAAUUUUAUCCUGAAUAAUUUUAAAUUUUGGAAUUAGUUUAUAUAGAAGGACAAUAGUAAUGUGUGUCAAAAUAGAGUAAUAAAUUAAGGCCCAAUCCAAAUACAGACACUCAAACAUGUUUCAAAGUUGAUAUUGUCAAAAGACUGAUGUUUUUAAUUUGAAUUUUAUUAUUAAAGAUGUUAGGAAGCUUUUAAUAUUGAGUUUUUGAAGGUUGAUGGAGUAUAGGGAGGUAAUGGAAUAUAUAUAUAUGUAUUUGAAACUGUUUAUGAGAAUUCAGGAUAAGAAAUUAUAUUUUUUUGUAGAACAUGUAGAGCAUUUUUGAAUAAUUCAAAGGAGGAUG